GAAUUAGCGAGUGUAGGACGAUGUAUCUGCUUACUUAGCAUGUUUGCUGUUCCUACUAACUGGUAUUCUCUUUCUGUUUCUGUAUUCGUUCGUGUCUUGGUUUGAUAUUUCUUCCUGGAAUACAUAUCGUCCGAUAUGGUUAUAUGAAAUAUGUUGAGAUUUUCAAUUGUAUGGUUUGCGCUCCUGGUUCUGGGUUGGGAUAAGGUUACGGCGCAGUCGAGCACUACGUCCAGUGCAGUGCCGACGCAUGUGAUUUCGGUGGGCAUAGAAGGAUUGCAGUUUACGCCUUCGGAAUUGAGUGCGAAUGUUAGUGAUGUGAUAGAAUUUCGAUUUUAUCCUCAGAAUCACUCGGUUGCGAGAGCAGAAUAUGGAAGCAACAGAGCGUGUAUUCCAUAUGAAGUUACGGGGAUCAAUAAGCAGGGCUUUUGGAGUGGUUUUCAUCCGAUCAAUGUGGUUUUAAAUGAUCCUCCGAAAUUCCAAGUCGUUGUCAAUGAUACGAAUCCGAUCUUCUUUUAUUGUUCAGCUCCAGGAGCGUGUCAUGAGGAUGGAAUGAUAGGUGUAGUCAAUGCUAACUCGACUCAAACACUCACAAGUCAAUUGGAAUAUGCGAAAAACUCGUCGUUACAAUUUAGUCCUGGCGAAAACUUUCCUGUCGAAGCCACUUCAUCCUCAUCUUCGACUGCUCAUCCCACUUCUACCUCGUCCUCGGGCGAAUCUCCCAACACCACAACCUCUCCUUCCACCAUAAUCGUUACAGGCUCUUCCCCCUCCUCCUCUUCCUCCUCCAAACUAUCCCCAGGCGCCAUAGCAGGAAUAGCCCUCGGUGCAUCCGCGCUCGUCCUCCUAGCCAGUGCCCUCCUCUACCUCUGCGGCCGUCAACGCACCAUCAAAGAAAUAAUCCGCCACAACUCCCGAUCCCCAAACAUGACUUCCCAUCCUCACCCCAAUCCGCAUCAUCCCGGUAGUUCAGACCCCCAAUCGUAUAUCGCGCCCUCGGCAACUCACUCAGAAACAACAUAUUACAAUAAACCUCGACAUCUCAUGAUGGAACACGAGAUUCGAGGACUGGGACAAUUUUCCCGCGCGGAAAGUGAAAACCAUUCGCAUCUUUCGGAUUCGAAUAUUGGGAGUGAGGGGUGCGGACGUAGUCGCAGUCGGAGUCCGGGGGCGGAUGAGUAUGGUAUGGUUAUUCCGCCGUUGAAUUUAGGGGGGAGUGGGAGCGGAAGUGGUGGGAGAGGAAUUGAGGGAAGUGCUAGUCCGAUUUAUCAUCAUGGGAAUGGGAAUACGGGUGGAAAUGUGAGUUUGCCGAAUAGUCCUGGGAUGCCUGGAUCUACGGGUGUACAAAUGGGGAUGGGAGAGAGCUGGGAACGGGAACAGGAAAGGGAGAGUGAGAGAUUGAGGGGAUUAAGAUCCUCUCCCCCCCCUGGGAAUCCAACCCAUUUCCACUCACAUAUUUCAUCAUCGGGACCCCACGAAUUGGCUACGCAUCACGAUCGAGAGAGUAGUAUACGCGGACAUAAGCAUGAUCGAUACGAUGAUCCGGAAAUGUGAAUAUUGAGUAAUUUUUUCUUUCCCUUUGCCUUUCGCUGAAUUAGAUAGGAGGUUAGCGAAUCAAGGGGGUGGGGAUACCUUCUUUUGGGAUGAGGGAGAGUCGCGAUGAUGGGUUACGAGGAGAGUUACAUUUUUGAAAGGCGUUGGAGUUGGAGGCUGGAGGUGUUGAGAGAAAUGUGGGUUCGAUUUUGGGAGGGGUUAGGUCAAAUGAGUAUCAAUAAUAACACCUUAUCA